CGUCCUACCGUCCUACCUCAAUGCCCAAUGUUGGUUGAUGUUGGGUGUCGCAGACGUGUGUUUCAUAAUUUAAUCCAUAUUAUGCCUUUUAAUUGAGAUAAAAGUGUUAUAACUUAUUGUGCUGUGAGUAUUAUUGCAAAAAGGGAUAAUAUUUGUUAGGCACUUGUCUCAAACGUACAAUUUAACAUCUUUUGCAAGACAUCAAACAAGUAAGGUCAAAAUAUAAGUUAUUGUAUAAAAAAUCAAUUCAAGCGUUUUUGCAUAUUGGUGAAUUUGCAGUUUUUAAUAUGGAUAAAGAAGACAGUUAAAUCUUUUUUGAUCAGUGAGGUGAUCGUUCGACGUUCACAUCCCAUAACAUUUGGAAAACCGAUUGUACUAUCAACACCCUUUUGUUAGAAAUUGAUUCACAUUUUGUCGAGGUGGUAAAAGGAAUCGUCAGAACAUUACACAAUUUCUAGUCAUCUGGCAGUAAUUGAUGAGAGUUUCUGUGGUAUAUGCACCUGUAUUUUAUAAUUUGAAGAUGGAUUUAUAUUUUAACCAAAUAAAAUAUCUUUAUUAUGUCAAUUUUAUUUGUGAAUCUGCAUCUCAACAAAUCUAAACAAUAGGUCACGAUUUUCUUCAGUGAAAUAUCUUACCUUAAAAGAGGUAGAGAAUAGACUUGAUUAGUGAAUCCUCAAAAUUCAUAGACUUCACUCAGUUUUAACCUGUAAUCAGCAAGUCUCGUGGAUACGUUUUUUCAAGUGUUAACUUUUCAGGAUCCACCCUUACUUUCUUCACUGCUAAGAAACAUUUUAUAAACUUAGGAUCUAUAUGCCCAAACUGUGAAAAAGUAUCAUAAUCAAGAUUUACUUUCAAACAUAUUUUUCGUGAAACUCAUUUAAAGAGGUUAAGUUAAGCAAGCCUUCUGUGCAUCGCAAGCAACGUUAAGCAGAGAGUAACUUGGAUUUUACAUUUGAAAAAUCCAAUAACCGCUCUACGAUCUAUUAUUAAGAGAGGAAUUAAGUUAUAGGACCAAACUCACCACAUAAUUUGUAAGUAAGAAUACCUUUCCUGGUGAAGAUAUUAUCAAGGAACAAAUCUUGUUUGGAGAAAAAUAAUUGGUAUCUUACACAACAUUCAAUCAACAACCUGAAAAAAUUGGGAGUUUUGAACAGAAGAGUGGUUGAAAGCAGUAUGAUUCAGAAAAAGUUAACUGUGAAAAAUCAUGAAGUGAUAUUCUGUGGUGAAAAUGAACUGAAGAGGCCAAGAGUAGGAUGGCGGAAACCAGAUCCAGGAGACUGACAAAAGUUGACAUUGUACAACAAACCUGAUAGAUGAAGAAUACCUCGAGGCUGCAACUCAAAAUGCAGUAGUAUGGUAUGAAUUGAACUUCAUUGUCAGUAACUUACAUACCGUUUGUUUAAACUUGUUGUACUAUGUAGCUAGAUAUCUGGCAACAGUUGUAAGGUAUGGACAAAGUUUUGCUGUAGAGAAACUUUUAAUGUUUUACCGUACUGACUUUGUAGGUUAAAGUGUUGAAACAUUAGUGUAUAUUGUCGUACGCAAUUUACAAUUUCAGUAUUAACUUAUUUGAGAGAGUAACGUAAAUUAGUUGGACAUUUACUCCCAUUAGUGUGAAUUGACGCAAGUUUAUACGCUCACCAGGAAGCGAUUAUAGAAGUUUCAAGCCAACCAAUUAUAAAACUACUUCAAAAAUGCCGUCAACUCCCUCUCAUCUCAAAAUCGGUUUCCAAAGGAACACUUACAGCCGUGUCUCAUUUGGCAAAAACAUUCAAGAACAAGAGAGGAAAAAGGAAAAGAGUCCAGAUAUUGAACCUCUGAAUGGUGGGAAAUCCGACCAUGAUGGGAUUUUACCGGGCGUUGACUACAUCAACUUGGGCACAGAGGACCAAAUGGAGGUGUACGGAUACCGCAGACAUACAGUGUCUACUGGAGUGUCCUGGCUGUUCAUUAUCCUGACACUGGGAGCCGUGCGUCUAGUCUUCCAUUGGUGGCCUCAUCUCAUGCUGUUUGCUACACAUUACCGCUGUCCUCUCAGCAUGGCUGAUAAGCUACUCAUAGUCGAGCGUUACAAGAAGAAGCACAAAUGUUACCAUGUGAAAACAAUUAAAACAUUAUCAGCAGAGACUCUGCUCAAAGAGAGUCAAAACAAUGAAAACAAUUUGAAAGAUAAAAUUGGCGGUGAGGCGUUGUUGGAGCUGAUAAAAAUGCCAGACAGAAAAUUGCCAAUCCACAUGUCAGGAGGGACUUUCGUGGAGAUGGAGUCUGUGCGUAUGUUUGAGUGCAAGAAACAGAGGUACAUAUGGGAUGAGGAGAAGGGAGAGUUUUUCAAGUUGGCAGGCCUGGACUGUGAUGUCAGCACAUCUGCCUUGCAUCAGCAGACAGGGCUGAGUCCUUCACAGCAGCUACUCAGACGCCUGGUGUACGGAAGCAAUGAGAUCAUUGUACCGAUGAGAGGAGUGAUUGCUCUGCUGUUUCUGGAAGUGUUGAAUCCGUUCUACGUCUUCCAAUUGUUCUCGUUUGCAUUGUGGUUUGCUGACAACUAUGUGUACUACGCGGUCGCCAUUCUGACCAUGUCCGCCGUCAGUAUAAUCAUGACUGUCAUACAGACCCGCAAUAACCAGAAUAAACUUCACAGCACAAUCCACUCAAGUGAUGUAGUCUCGGUGCUACAGCUGAGUAGCUCCACCAAGGAGCCUGUAGUGACGACGAUACCUACAGAACAGCUGGUGCCUGGGGACCUGAUGGUGAUACCUACACACGGGUGUAUCAUGCACUGCGAUGCUGUGCUGCUCACAGGCAACUGUAUAGUCAAUGAGAGCAUGCUCACAGGUGAGAGUGUUCCGGUGACUAAGACUCCUCUGCCCAACUCUGCCAAUAUACAGUACGAUGACAAGGAACACGCGAGACACACACUGUUCUGCGGCACCCACGUCAUACAGACCCGCUACUACGGCCACGAGCGCGUCUACGCGGUCGUCAUACGCACAGGCUUCUCUACAGCCAAGGGCAACCUGGUCAGGUCCAUACUUUACCCGACGCCUGUAGACUUCAAGUUUGAACAGGACUCAUACAAGUUUGUCCAGCUGUUGGCAGUCAUUGCCAGUGUUGGAUUCCUCUACACUGUUGUCACUAAGGCCAUGCGCGGAGUGCCAGUGCGAGAUAUCGCUCUGGAAGCGCUAGAUCUCAUCACUAUUGUGGUACCACCAGCUCUGCCCGCUGCCAUGACUGUGGGUCGCAUGUACGCACAGUCCCGACUCAAGAAAAACAACAUCUACUGCAUCAGUCCUCGUACUAUCAAUGUGUCUGGAUCCAUCAACUGUGUAUGCUUUGAUAAGACUGGAACGCUGACAGAGGACGGACUGGACAUGUGGGGAGUGGUUCCUUCUGAGAGUUGUCACUUUAAAGUGCCUGUCAAGCAGCUAGAUACUCUACCUACCGGAGACCUGCUGUACGCAAUGGCAACCUGUCACUCUCUUACCAUCAUUGACAGCAAGAUAUCUGGUGACCCUCUUGAUCUUAAGAUGUUUGAGUCAACUGGUUGGAUCCUGGAAGAACCUGAUGUUAGUGAUGACACCAAGUUUGAUUUGAUAUCUCCGACGGUAGUCAGACCCCCAAAGAAACCUUCUCAGGAAGGUUGUCAAGAGCUGGGAAUCAUUCGACAGUUUCCGUUCUCGUCCAGUCUGCAGCGUAUGAGUGUCAUCACCAGACAGUUGGGCGGGACUCACUUCACCAUCUACAGUAAAGGCUCUCCGGAGAUGAUACAGGGGCUGUGUCGGCCGGACACUAUUCCGACUGACUUCAGUCGCCAGCUGGAGGAGUACACACAGGAAGGCUACAGAGUGCUGGGAGUAGCGUAUCGAGACCUUCCCUCUCGUGUCAGCUACCCCAAGAUGCAACGACUGUCACGCGAAGAGGUCGAAACUGACCUAUGUUUCCUCGGGUUGGUCGUGCUGGAAAACCGUCUCAAACCACAGACCAAUGGUGUUAUCGCUGUUCUGCGUGCUGCCAAUAUCCGCACCAUCAUGGUUACUGGAGACAAUGUGCUGACUGCUCUCAGUGUAGCUCGUGACUGUGGUAUCAUUCCUCCAGGUCGUAGAGUCAUCACUGUCAACUCCACAGCAGCUCACAACGGCAGUCCUCCUCAGUUGUACUACAUGCAGACCCAACACAACAUCACCUCCCCUACUGACACAAUUCAUACAAUCUUCAAUGAGAGCCAGAUGACAGGAACGUUCAGCAUGAUGAGUAUUGAUACACUUGAGUCUGGGACAGUAACUCUCAACAACAACAUUCCCAACGGCUCGGCUCACAACAGCGUGAUGACAGAUCUUGAGAUGCCUGUGGACAACAACAUCUGUGGGCCGGAAGACACAGCAUCCAUCACCAACUACAGCCUGGCGAUGACUGGUGCAACGUGGAGUGUGAUCCGCACUCACUACCCAGAGCUGGUACCUCGUAUCGCCACCAGAGGCGCUGUGUUCUCACGCAUGUCACCCGACCAGAAGCAACAACUGAUACAGACACUGCAGUCUCUCGGCUACUAUGUUGCCAUGUGUGGAGACGGAGCCAAUGAUUGUGGAGCCCUCAAGGCAGCUCAUGCAGGCAUCUCUUUGUCCGAGGCCGAGUCCUCAGUUGCUUCUCCGUUCACAUCUAAGGACCCCAACAUUGAGUGUGUAGUCAAGGUGAUCCGAGAAGGUCGUGCAGCACUGGUGACAUCUUUUGGCAUAUUCAAGUACAUGGCUGCCUACAGUCUGACUCAGUUUAUCUCCGUCAUGAUACUGUAUUCCAUAGACAGCAACCUGACGGACAAACAGUACUUGUAUAUCGACCUGUUCAUCAUCACGACGUUUGCAUUCCUGCUGGGUCGCACCGAGGCUUACCCCGGCCCGCUGGUGCCCCUCGCGCCACAGACCUCUCUCAUGUCGCUGGCUCCCAUAGUCUCUCUUAUUGGUCAGAUGGCAGUUGUCAUGGCGCUGCAGUUCAUCAGCUUCUUCUCUGUGCAGAAGUUUGAUUGGUUUGUUCCGUACAACGCCACUAAGGCAGAGUUGGAAGGUGUGGGUUCAGCUUGCUAUGAGAACUAUGCUCUGUUUGCCAUAUCAAGCAUGCAGUAUGUCAUACUGGCUGUGGUCUUCUCUAAAGGAGCUCCGUACCGUCUGCCUCUCUACAAGAACUGGACACUGCUGGCCUCUGUGACAGGUAUCACAGUGUUCACCUUCUAUCUCAUCAUCGGACCUCACCAGUGGGUCCAGGAGCAGUUUGAACUCAUUGUCCCUCCGGAAAUGGACUUCAGAAUCUUCUCUGUAGUCAUGUGUGGUGUCAACUUUGUGCUUGCUGGUAUCCACGAGUUCUUCAUCUGUGACUAUCUCAUUUUCUACAAACUGAGAGCAAGACGGAAGGAGACGAGUGUGAAGAAGAAGUACAUGAAUGUAGAGCAUGAGCUGAGAGCGUCACCGCAGUGGCCCCCGCUGUGUGGGGAACCACCUAGCUGUGUAGAGGCCCCGCCGCAGCGGCCGGAGCGCUCCCCCGCCACUGUCACAAUCACGGCCUUCCCCUUCACUAACGUCAAUGGCCAAACUGUAAACCAUGAACCACCCACGCAGUUGCAAACUUUCUCCAUGUCAGGCGACACUAUCGUCAACAUAGAGAGUGGUAAGCGAGUAAGAGAGAUAUCCAACGGAGUAGCUACAAUCCCACGUUGUGUUUCGCUAUCAAAGACAGAGCCUCAGUCGCAGUCCUGUCAGUCCGUCGCGCAAGUCCACCAAUCAGAGGACAGCCUGUCCCGCUACCUUACACCGCCCGAGUCCCCCCUCCACUACACAUCUUGAUGUCGGAUCUUUCGCAAUCUUAGUGUUAUAAACGGCCAAAGAGGAGGUGGUAUUUCAACAUGUUUUGAGUUUGUCGAUUCUUUACCACUAUUAUGGCUGAAUCAGGUAAGACAAGUUUUUUUGUUGUAGACAACCUAAAAUAUGAAAACUUGCUGAGAAGAUAUAUACAGUAGAACCUCUCUCAACUGAAAUAAAGGGAAGUUGUCAUACAAUACAAUCUUGGUAAUAAAUUUAAUGGAAGAUCAUGUUAUAAAUUAAAUUUAUUUAGCAUGAAAUACAAGUGGAUGGAAACUUGGAUUGUUAAACCAAAUAGUGAUGGUAGUGAAUUCAAAGAACCAAUUGAUUUUAUAAUCUAUCAGUUUAGGUUAAACAGGAAUGUUUUGGUAAGCAGUUGUCUCUUUUAUUUUUUUAUGUUCUACAGGGAUAUAACUUAAAUGUUAAAAAACAACUUUUGAUCCAUGUUAUCAAGUAAGCAUUUACCUGUAAAUUUUAUAAACUUCUUUUGACGUAGAUUUUUGUGAUUUUAGUAUAAUAAUUAUGUCAUGCAGUCUGUGUGUACAAUUUGAGAGACUGUUUUAACUUACUUUAACUUGCAAUUUGUUAAUCAUACAUUCAACUUAUUAAUAGUUUCUGGUGCUCUUUACUUCGUAGUUUCAUUUGUGUAUUGCUAAAAGACUUUUUAAACGUUCAAAUAUCGAACAAAAGUAUAACAAAAACCAUGUAUUAAGAAAGAUUUUUGUUCCUGAAUCAUGCUUUAAAUCUGUAUUGGUAACUUGAAAUCUAAAAUAAGUGUUUUUCAGUAACCAAAUACAAGCAAGUUUAAGAGAAAUAGUAUUCCUACUACCAUAAGUAGUGUAGGUUGUUACAAGUUAAAUUAGCUUUAAUUGUUAAAAGUGUGUAUAUCUUUGAAGAUAUUAGGAAUUGUGAAUUUUUUUACUUAUUAUCUCCGGUGACAAUAGGGUAAUGUAGCUGAAGAAUCGCUUGGUUCAAGUGAAAGUUUAGAACAAGAUUAGUAUUUUAUUUGAAAAUUAUAAAUGUAGUAUUGUCAGAAAUUUACUUAUUAUUGUGUAAGUAAACAAGAAAAUGAUGUGUUCAGAAUUUAGAAGGAACUAGUAUAACUAUUUGAAGGUUUACUUCUGUUAAUAUGUUAUAGGGUCAAGUGGAAAUGUAAGAAUUUUCUGUUUUAGUUGUUAGUUUUAGCAUUAACACACUAUUUGAGCAGACAACUCGUACAUUGGAUUAAUUUGAAAUGACAAAACAAAACAGACAAGGUUCACUAGUGCUUACUUGGAUUGUGCCAGUGCUAGUGUCAUAGACAACGUUGCCCACUAAAACGUAAAACGCUGACAAACACAAUAGCUAACAUUUUACACAAAAAAUGAAUCAAUAUCUGAUCCAUGAAUGUUUAACAAUUCAAUUAAUUUAAAGGUCUGAAAGGCCGACUAACUGUGACAUCUUCAUAUUUUCCUUCCAACGAACUGUUUACUCACAUAGUGUAUAGUUGAUGGUUUUAGCGAUUUAGGAUUUGAUUUUAUUAAUUACAUUUUGGCUGUCUAGACUAGAUUUUCUACAGAAUAAAUGUAUUUUGUUUCUUCUCUUAGAAAUACAGUCUUAUUAGAGGGACUUUGACAAUUACCAAACUUUCAGGUUCCACUUAUUUCUGUUUUUUUGCACAGUCUGUCUUUAAAUCCAAUGUUAAGGUUUUUUGUAUAUCUUCAAAUGAAGUUAUUGUUUUGUUUUUUACAGUAAUUGCUAUUUUGCAAAAUCUAGCAUAAAACAGUUAAGUUUUCUAUGGGUGAUAAGAACAAGUUUUCGACUAAAUUAUCGCACAAUAUUUAUGUGAAAAUGUAAUUCUUACUAUUAUUUAGUUUGGGGAGUAAGCUGGUCUAGUGCUAGCCCUGGGCUCAAAUCCUGCCAAUCACAAAUGGGUUUUAUUUAUUUAUUCAAUAAUGCCGCGAACCCUAGGACUACGCUCUAGGAAGUAAUGUGUAUAACAGUUCCGGGCUAGAACCUAGCGUCCUAGGACAUGAACAUAUAAAAGUAAAAAACAAUUUAAUGUCAAACAAAACAGAAUUAUAAGUUUGUUCAGUGAGAAUUAUAUAGACAAGGCCUGUUGUUCCUGAUGCAAGAUUUGAUUUUAAUUUACACGUAUUAUCAUAGGUAGACCUAUAUUAAAAAUUAUAUUACUGUUUUUAUAUUUAUAGAUAUUGUUAAAAUUGAGAAGAGUAAGAAAUUAUUCUUGUAUUACAAUGAUAAUAACAGUAUUUCAGACUAAAGGUUGAUGAGCAAAAUUAUGAUUUUUAUUUUAUUCAUGUGUGUUGAUUUGUUUAAGUAUUUUUUAUUUAUUUUCUUAUCCAUCCUUAGAGACUAAAAGUCAGUGUUAUUACUUUACCAGUGAGUUGCUAUGGUAGAGCUUGCUUUAUUUUAAUGCCUACACUAAGAAAUUCAAUUUUAAGUUUUUGUAAGAUUUGUGUUUUAGUAUUAAAAAUUCAAAUUAAUAAUAUUUCUUUGUUAUUCUGAAUGUUCUAAAUAGGAUAUAAAAUCAUAAAACCCCCAUUUUACCUCUUUAAAGUAGCUUUAGGAUUAAAUUAAAAUCAGUUCUUGUUCUUAUAGCAGUAUUUUAAUUUCAAAACUCCUACCUAUCAUUGGGCAUUUUGCACAAGUAUUUUUAUUUUUAUUUUUUAAAUCCUAAACCUGCUUUAACAUUCUAAAUUUUAGUUUAAAUUAUUACAAAUUUUACUGGUGGUUUAUUUUUAGAAGUUUUUUUUUUAUUUUACAUUUAUUUUUAUCAGCUAGUGAUUCUAUCUAGUCGACUAUUUUAGUUAUACAUCCUACUGUAUUAUGAAACUUUUUUAUGGCUAAGCUAAUGCAUUAUUUGGAACUAACUAAUUACUGGUAUCCAUUGUUUUCUCAGAUAACGUUUAUGUUACAGUUAUUUUUAUUUUCCUUGCAAUGAUCAUUAUAUUUGUUAGUUUUAUUAAUUACAGGAAAGAGCCCUUUUGUAAAUUCAUGAUUUUGUAAAAUAUAUAUCUGUA